UUUUAUAACUCUAUAACGUGUCUCUCCUUGACUUAUUUUCAUCAUCUUCUUCUCUCUCUCUUUCUCACCAUAUUAAUUCUAUUUCCUCUGCUCUGUCUGUCACUUCAAUAUACCACUCUGUUUUUUCAUCUGGGUUUUCAUCAAUUUCAUUGUUGAACAUCUAAAGAAUCAGAAGCUGGUUUUUUAAUUUUCAUUAUGGAACCCAACAACAACAACAACAAGAAUGUUGUGGAGGAAUUUACAGAUCAAAAAAGCCCUGAAACUCCAUCACUCAUCAAAUACAUUUCAUCAAACCAAGUCUCUGGCUUUGAUAACACUACGUAUAAGCCAAGCCGGUUAAGCAAUGUUCAAUAUCCACAACAAGAACAGCUUAAUUAUCUGCAAUCUAAAGAGAUUGAAAUUCCUAUUGUUGAAAUCCCAAGUCCUGAAUUAGAGCCAAAUCAAACUCAUAAAAGGAUUCACUCUGUUUCAAUAAGCAUGCCACCAUCUCCUAUUCAAGCUCAUGUGAACAGCACCAAGAAGGUUCUCUUUGAUGAAGUGACUGAUUCAAAUGGUGCAGCCAAGAGUGCCAGCUGCGAGUUGCCUAAACCAGCUAAGUUUCAUUCCCAGCCAAUGGACAUAAAAACCGCGCCUAUGCUGCCGGUUAACCCGAGUGCUAGAACAAUUGAUAGGAGGUUUGAUUCUUUCAAAACAUGGUCUGGAAAACUGGAGAGGCAGAUCACAAACCUGCGUGGAAAGCCUCAAAGAGAAAGCCAGCCAGAUGAUGUUGUGUUGAAGAGUUCUGAGAUUGAUAAUUUGCCAGUUGACCGAUAUUUCGAUGCAUUGGAAGGGCCAGAACUUGAGACUCUUAGGGCUUCAGAGGAAAUACUACUUCCUGAUGACAAGAGAUGGCCAUUUCUUCUAAGGUUUCCCAUCUCUUCAUUUGGUAUAUGCCUUGGUGUGACUAGCCAAGCCAUUUUGUGGAAAACUUUGGCCAGUUCUUCCUCCACAAAAUUUCUCCAUAUAAGCCUAAUGAUCAACCUUAUUCUGUGGUGCAUUUCUGUGUCUCUUGUCAUUUUAGUCUUCUUCUUCUAUUCCUUGAAAUGUCUACUCUACUUCGAAGCAGUUCGUCGCGAAUACUAUCAUCCUAUUCGUGUAAACUUCUUCUUUGCACCAUGGAUUUCACUCUUGUUCUUAGCUAUUGGAGUUCCACCUUCACUUACUAAGUACCUUCAUCCUGCUCUUUGGUACAUUUUGAUGACUCCAUUCUUCUGUCUUGAGCUUAAGAUUUAUGGACAGUGGAUGUCAGGAGGCCAAAGAAGACUCUCCAAAGUGGCUAAUCCUUCAAACCAUCUCUCAGUUGUUGGAAACUUUGUUGGGGCUUUAUUAGGUGCCUCAAUGGGACUAGUUGAAGGUCCUAUCUUCUUUUUCGCCAUUGGAAUGGCUCACUACAUGGUUCUUUUUGUAACACUAUACCAGAGACUUCCAACAAAUGAAACUCUCCCAAAGGAACUGCAUCCAGUCUUCUUUCUUUUUGUUGCAGCACCUAGUGUAGCUUCCAUGGCUUGGGCAAAGCUCCAAGGCUCCUUUGAUUAUGGUUCGCGAAUAGCUUACUUCAUCGCCUUGUUCCUCUACUUCUCACUGGCUGUUCGGGUCAAUUUCUUUAGAGGAUUCAAAUUUUCAUUGGCAUGGUGGGCAUAUACAUUCCCAAUGACUGGAGCUGCCAUUGCAGCGAUCAAAUAUUCAAAUGAAGUCACUAAUGUUGUAACUCAAUCUCUGGCAGUCAUUCUUUCAUUGGCUUCAACUCUCACAGUCUCAGCUCUUCUUGUUUCCACAAUUUUGCAUGCUUUUGUGUUCAGAGACCUCUUUCCUAAUGAUCUUGCCAUUGCCAUUAGUGACAGAAAGCCUAAACAUAAGAAGUGGUUCCCUUUAAUAAAGAACUUGAGCUCAGAUUACUCAAAAGACAUUGACAACUUCUUGAAGUUUACAGACUCUGAAGCAAAAGACUUGGAAGCUUCUGAGAAUGUUCAGAGGUCUGAUGGUGAACAACCUUAGGAAGUCUGUUCUUAGACUAUAUAUAUUUACUUAAUUCAAAUCAUUUGGACAUGUGAGGAACUCAUUAAUUUUUAGAAAUUUAUUUGUAGUUCCUGUGAGCAUGUCAUUUGAUGAAUGAGUGUAAACUUGUUAUGUUUAGUAGUUCCAAUAAUAAUGUAGAAAACAACUUGUGUGCUCUAUUUUGUAAAAGGUUUUGUUAUGUUAAGUAAUAACAGUAAUAUUAUGCCUAUACUAUAUUUUCAGGCAGAAAACAAAAA